AUGAGCUCCAACAGCUCCCCGGAGGAGAACCCUGAGGGAGAUGCAGGGAGAACAGGGCGGAAGCCCACGGUGAGAGAUGCUUCCAAAGACAUUUCCAUAUACUUCUCCAAGGAAGAAUGGGCAGAGAUGGGAGAACUGGAGAAAAUUCACUAUAGGAAUGUGAGAAGGAACGAUAAUGUGCUGAUUAAUUUAGGUCUCAGAGCCUCUCAACCAGCUUUCCUGUGUCACCGAAGGCAGACCAAGCACCAUGUGGAUGACACUGAGGAUUCUGAUGAAGAAUGGACACCUCGGCAGAAAGUCAAACCUCCUCGGGCGGCCUUCAGAGUGGGACAGAGUAAACACCAGAAGGGAAUGUCCAGGGCACUGUUAAGUAAUGAAUCUAGUUUGAAGAAAUUGCCCGGAACAACAGAUUUCCUGAACACAAGUGACUCAGAGAAGGCCCAGAAACGAGUGUCCCCUCCUGCAGAAGCAAGUACCUCCAGAUGGCACUCUAGACAAAAAUUGGAACUCGAGAGAAAGGAGAUUGAAGUGAAGGUGUACAGCCUGCGAGAAAGAAAGGGUCGGUCAUACAAAGAGGUCGAUGAGCCUCAGGAUGAUGACUACCUGUAUUGUGAGAAAUGCCAGGACUUCUUCAUCGACAGCUGUGUGGCUCAUGGACCCCCUACAUUUGUAAAGGACAGUGCAGUGGACAAGGGGCAUCCCAACCGCUCAGCCCUCACUUUGCCCCCUGGGCUGAGAAUUGGGCCAUCGGGCAUCCCUGAGGCCGGGCUUGGAGUAUGGAAUGAGGCAUCCGAUCUGCCAUUGGAUCUGCACUUUGGCCCCUUUGAGGGCCAGAUCACAGAAGAUGAAGAGGCAGCCAACAGUGGCUACUCCUGGAUGAUCACCAAGGGGAGAAACCGCUAUGAGUAUGUGGAUGGAAAGGACAAAUCUCGGGCCAACUGGAUGAGGUAUGUGAACUGUGCCCGGGAUGAUGAGGAGCAGAACCUGGUGGCCUUUCAAUACCACGGGCAGAUCUUCUAUCGAACUUGCCAGGUCAUCAGGCCGGGCUGUGAACUGCUGGUCUGGUACGGGGAUGAAUAUGGCCAGGAGCUGGGGAUCAAGCAGGACAGCAAGUGGAAGAAAGAGCUCACAGCAGGGAGAGAACAAAAGCCAGAGAUCCACCCAUGUUCUUCAAGCCCUCUGGCCUUCUCCAGUCAGAAAUUCCUCAGGCAACAUGUGGAACACAAUCACUCCUCUCAGACCUUCCCAGGCACAUCUGCAAGAGAACUUCUCCAGCCAGGGAAUCUCCAUCCAGUUGGUCGGAAUCAGGAGCAGCAACGUUCUGAUCCACACAGCUGGAAUGACAAGGGUGAAGGUCAAGAGGUCAAAGAAGGGUCCAACCCCUUAUAUAAAAGGACAAAGCAGAGGAGAAUUUCAAACACAUUUUCCAGUCCACCCAAAGGAUUAAUGGGGAGUUCUAGGGAGGGUGAGAUGGAAGAAGAGUCCAGAACAGCCCAGAAAGUGCGUCCAGAGGACACAGGCAAAUUAUUUGUGGGGGUAGGAAUCUCAAGAAUUGCAAAAGUCAAGUGUGGAGAGUGUGGGAGAGGCUUCAGUAACAAGUCAGGCCUCAUCCUACACCAGAGGACACACACAGGGGAGAAGCCCUACCUUUGCGGGGAGUGUGGGAAGGGCUUUAGCCGAAAGCCACACCUCAUCCGACACCAGAGGACACACACAGGGGAGAAGCCCUACCUCUGCGGGGAGUGUGGGAGGGGCUUUAGCCAAAAGCCACACCUCAUACGACACCAGAGGACACACCCAGGGGAGAAGCCCCAGCAAUAA